AUGUAUAAACAGAGAGAGUUAAAGGAAUAUAUAAGGUCAAAAAAUAUCAAAAUACUGGGCCUGUUGGAAACCAGAGUUAAGCAACAUAGAUGUCCAGAAAUAGCUAAGACUAUUACUCCCAAUUGGGGUAUUAUUAAUAACUACUCCUCUGCUGUCAAUGGAAGAAUAUGGCUUAUGUGGGAUCAAGGAGAUUACAAUAUAACUGCACUAAAAGUGGAAGCUCAAUUAGUACAUUGUGAAGUUAGAGAUUUCUCUUCUAACUUUCAAUGUGUUCUGACUAUUGUCUAUGGAUUCAAUAUUGUGGAGGAAAGGAGAUCUCUAUGGAACACUCUUAAAAACAUCUCGUGUAAUACUAACUGCCCAUGGCUAGUGUGUGGGAACUUUAAUGCAAUAUUAUCGACUACUGAUAGAAAGAGCUGCCAUCCUGUGAGUUUUAGUGAAGUAAAGGAUUUUUCAAACUGUAUCACUGCCAUUCUACUAAAUAAAUUACAAUGGAAAGGUGAAUAUUUCACAUGGUCAAAUAAGCAACAAGGAUCAGAGAGAGUUAGUAGCAAAAUUGAUAGAGCAUUUGGUAAUUAUGACUGGAUGAUGUUGUGGGGCCAUAUUAUCUUAGAAUAUGACCUCCGUAACAUUUCAAACCAUGCCCCAAUAUUUUUGACAUUGCAGAGUGUGAACCAUAACAUCAGAGAUCCAUUCAGAUUCUUCAACAUAUGGAGUGAGCAUCCACAAUUCUUGGAGCUAAUUGAUGUCCACCGGAAGAAGCAGCUUGAUAGAGAUCCUAUGCAGAAUGUAUGGAACAAACUAAAGGCAUUGAGGCCAGUCUUUAGACAGCUGAAUCAAAAAGAGUUUAAAACAACAUCAGUGAAGAUUGAGAAGGCAAGAGAAGAACUACAAUGUAUUCAAGCUGCAAUAGUAGCCAGAUAUGAUAGCAGUCUUGUGAUUAAAGAAAAAGAAGCUUUGAUAAAUCUUGAGAAAUGGAACCUGCUUGAGGAGAGUAUUAUAAGGCAAAAGUCUAGAGCCAAAUAG